CGAGAUUUCACGAGAUUCUUACAUUGGUUGAAAAUAGUGAUGAGUCUGAGAUAAGUGAACUUCUAAAAGAAUUAAAGCCUUCUAUUGGCGUUUACUUAUUGUUUACCUUAUAUCCCAAAUUCGAAACCACAUUACGUUCCUACAGGGUGCCGAAAUUUCACAAACUAGGUACCUAUUGGGUGAAGACCGGCCGAAUAAGCAAUAUGAAGUUGGGGUGGAGCAGGGUGAAGGUGGCGAUGUUGAGGGAAAAAGAAUAGGUCAAUCAGAUUAUGAAUUAUCAACUAUCUGAGCUGCGUAUAACGAUUAUUAGUAUUGUGCUUUGUAAUGAAGACUUCCCAGUUGUUGUCUUUGUAUAAAUGGGAAUCAACGGUAGAAAUACCGACUUUUUGGUGACGUUCACAGUAGUUCGAGAUAUUUUUAAUUAUUUUGCUUUAGAUGGAUCUUCAAAAAUAUUUGACUUCACCAUCGGUUCGGUAUUCAUCCCAGUCUUCAUUAUUAUCAUUGUCACCUGAACAACAAUUGAGAAUAUCAAAAGAAUUUCCAUUAGAUAAUGAAUUAAAACAUCGUCAUUAUGAUUCAAUUAAUGAUGAUGGUGACUUUUAUCAGAAUUCAGAUUCGAACAGUAGUUCCUUGAUAUUUGAUUCAGAUAUAUUAAAAAAUUCUUCAAAUAAUAAUAGUAUAACACAAAUUGAAUGUAUGAGACAUUCAGAUCAUCGUAAUGGUUCAUCAUCUGUUACACGUUUUAUGGAACAUGUAUAUAUACGUGAAGAAGAUAAUGAUAGUGAUGAUGAUAGUAUAAAUUCAGACUAUGUUAACAAUAAAAUUUCAACGAAAAAAUGUACAUAUAUUGGACUAUUAUCAAUUAUUAUUUGUAUUACAUCAAUUCCAUUUGUAUUUUACAUAUAUCCAAUGUCCAUUUCACUUACAUUACCAUCAUCUCCUUCUGUUCAUGAACAAUCUUUAUCAUCUGUACAGAAAGUCAGAACACAAAAUCUAACCAAUCAGUUAUCCCAAGAAUUUCAAGGUCAACAUAAACGACUUUGGGCUCAAAUUCGUUCUGCUUUAGAAUCACCAUUUCAACAUGAAUAUACAAAUCAUCAAAGGCAAACUACUAAUGAAAGGAUUUCUCCUGUAGUACUUCUCAUUGUCAAUCGUUGUAUACAUUCAAUUGUCAAUGAUCAAUCUAAACAACAUCAUUCUACAUUUAAUCACAAUGAAAAUGGAUCAUUUCAUUGUUUUAUUACACGUCUUGGUCAAUUAGUUAAUCAUUUAUAUUUGUCAAAUUCUAAAAAUUCAUGUUCAAUUAUAAAAGCUCACCAAUUGGACUCUUUAAAUAAACAAAAGUUUGAUCAAAUGAAAUUAGACUUUGACAAUCAACUUGACAACUUAUAUAAAUCUGGUGAACGUUGUUUUCAUUUCAUUUCAAUUGAUCUACUGCCAGUUGAAAUUGUUCUAUUAUUUCAUGGUUAUACAGAUACAGAAAAUUCAAUUUAUUCCAAUUCCAUUUUAUUAAUAAGUUUAUCAAAAAGAUUUGAUGUAUUUGAAUCAUUGAAUUGUACAAAAAAAUCAGAACAUAUUUUACCUGGUUGUCAAACAGCUGGACAAUUUGAACAUCAAGUUAAUCAGUUUUUACGUUCUUUAUGGAAUAAAUACUUGGGUAAUGAAGAGGUGGAUGCAUUAAUUUCACGUUUAACUACCAAUAUUAUUAUAUUUCAUACAUAUGAUGAUGAUGAUGAUGAUAUCCAAUAG